AGAAUAGUUUUCCUUCAAAAGACACUUUAUUAUUUUUAUUUGAAAAAAUGGUUUCAAAAAUGAUACGAAUGAAAAAUUCAAGUAAAAAAUUUCCGAUAACAAAAUUACCUUAUGAUAUUAUAGAACUUAUCAUAAAAACAGCCAUAAAAAAUACAUCAUCAACAUUAACCGGUUCUCAAUUAAUUUUCGUUAAUCGAUUAUUUGCAAAAAUAUCAAUUCCUUAUAUAUGGAGACAUUUAUAUUUAAUAGAACCUGAGGAAAGAAUAAUCUUCAAUAUAUUAUCAACAUCACCGGAUAAAUUAAUGUUUGAUUAUAAAUCAUUCGUAAGAAGGAUUACUAUAUGUCCUAUAUCAAUGUCAAAUAUGAAUUCUGGUGGUUUAUUAAAAACUUUGGAAAUCGUACAAAAUUUAUUUUCAUCACAACCUUUAAUCGGAAUUUCAAUUGAAGAUAAAUUGAAUUUUUGUCAUAUUUGUCAUGUAGGAAAAGAGAUUACUUAUAAACAAGUUGCAAAGAAUUUAAUGACAUGGAAAGGUUUAAAAGAACUUAAAUUAGAUUCAAGUCAUUCAUCUUUUAAUGAUGAUUUAUUAGGGGAACUUUUACCACAUUUUUCUUUAUUGGUCGAUAAACGUAAAGGAAUUUAUGGUGGAUUACAAAAAUUAUCUUUAAGUGGAUCAAAUUUUACCGACCAAGGUAUAUUACAACAUGUUAUUCCUCACGUUAAAGAUACUUUAAUCGAAUUUAAUGCCGGUUAUGGUGGAAUGAAUCCUACCGAAAAUAUUACUGGAUUUUCAAUUCUUGAAUUAUUAAAAAAUUGUAAAAAACUUGAAAGAAUUUAUUUAGAAGGGGUUGAUUUAAAUGAUUCUGAUUUUAAUAUGAUGAAUGAUAAUAAUGAUGAAGAUGAUGAAGCUUAUUGUGAUGAAUUAUUAGAUGAUAAUUUAUCCGAUUUUGAUAUUGAUAGUGAUUUAUCACCAAAUAAUUCUUUAAUUAUACCACAUCCUUCUCAAAUUUCUUUUAAUCAAAUUAUAUCAGCAGAGAUAAAACAUAUUUAUAUUGGUAAAACGAGUCAAUCAACUUUUACUCAUAAUGGUCUUUUAUCCCUUUUAUCACUUUGUCAUAAAACACUUCAGACCUUGUCGGUAGAUUUGGAUUAUAUAUCACAACCUGUUUUAUUGGAUGUUUUUAUACCUUUAUUUUCUUGUACAAAAUUACAAGAAAUUCAUUUAGUUUCAGAAAGUUGGUCUGAAUGGGCUUUACAUUAUCCACAACCUCGUUAUGAAUAUGAGAUUCAAGCAAAAGAAGCCAUGUGGAGAUGGAAAUUAAAGAGUUAUUGGGGUUUGAGUAAAGAUUUGAUUGAAGAAAUUGGUGAGAAGAUUGAAAGUUUACGAGCAUUUAAUAUACUUGGUGAAAAUUAUCUUAAAAAGUGAUGCGAUGUUGCGCUCAUUUAAAAUUUUUUUUUUAUUUUUCGAUUUUUUCGAUUUUAAAUUUUUUUUAUUUUCAUUUG